AUGCUGUCCAUCGUGAACAAUCUGGUGUCUCUGGAGCGUUUGCUCCUUGACGACACCCUCAAGAUCCUGCAAAGUUGGCGAGAGCGGCUGGAGCGCUUAAGAUACGGAGUCACAAGCACACUGUUUGAAGAGGACAACUUGAAGGACAUAACGUUCUUGGACAAUUACCUCUGCAGCUUGAUCGAUCCCGUGGCUGGGCUUAUCGACUACACCAAGAAUUGGCAAAAGCCUGUAAGCCUCUUCGGCGUAACGGCAUCCAGUACUCGUCGCAACCGGGUGGUGCUGUCGCUGCUGGCAUACUUUGCGGUACUUCUUUGGCAGCUCUUGAAGCAGCAGGGUUGGUACAUUGCUUUGCAGCAAGAACUGGCACAGAUUGCCGAGUCGCAUGGUGUUCAUUUUAGCUGA